AUGUGCUCGUUGUGUUGAGCGAACGCAAUGUUUUGAUCGUAUUCGCCUGUGAACGUCAAUUUGGGGGAAACUUAUUACUAUUUUGAAUUACAACAUUUUGGAAAGACUUUCCAAGGCAGUAGGGAGUCAACAGAAAACAUGAUUACACAAGACACAGAUUCUCUUCCAAAGCUUAAGAAAAUGAAGACUAAAAAGGCCAAAUUCAAGAAAGAAAAGAAGAAAAAGAUGAAGACAGGAUUAGAGAACCCGGAAUCCGAUAGCGAGAGUGAUAAUCUUGAUCUCAGUCAGCCUCUGUAUCCAUUAUCGCAUUAUGUAUCAGACCAAGAGGACCUCGUCAACCAGAUGUUUUCUACUAUACGAGGCUCAAAGUUUCAGGCCAUGCUUCCCCCAGUUCUGCAG